AUGGCCCCAAUCCCCGCCACCCAGACCGCAGUCAUUGCUGGUCCAGAUGGCCAAUUCUGCAUUUCGAAAAACCACCCUGUGAUUGCCAUCGAACCCGAUACUAUCAUUAUCAAGACCGUUGCAGUAGCACUCAACCCCGUCGACACCAAACUUGCAGGGGACUUUGUCACACCUGGAGUAACCUUCGGUUUUGACUGUGCAGGAGUCGUGGUGGCUAUUGGGCCAAAUGUCAAAAAAGAUCUCAAGAUCGGUGACCGGGUCUGCGGCAGUGCGGCUGGCAUGGACAAGUCCCGGCCGGCUGGUGGGGCACUCGUCGAAUAUGCAGCUUUGCUCGGCGAUGUGUGCUUGCGUAUCCCAGAUAACAUGUCAUUUGAGGAUGCGGCGACAGUGGGUGUUGCCAUCAACUCUGCGGCCCUCGCGUUGUUCUCCUCUCUAAAAAUUGACUGGAAACUGCUCGAGAACCCGACAGACAAGCCCUUCCCGGUUCUGGUCUACGGUGGCAGUACCGCUGUUGGCACAAUGGCUAUUCAAUUCCUCAAAUUGUGCGGACUUCGACCGAUCACCACAUGCUCUCCCAAGAAUUUCGACCUGGUGAAGUCCUAUGGCGCCGAGGAAGCCUGGGACUACCGUUCUCCAACCUGCGCACAAGAUAUCCGAGCAUACUGCAAUAAUGCCUUACUACACGCCUUUGAUUGCAUCACCGAGGAGACAUCGAUGAAAAUCUGUUAUGCUGCCAUCGGACGCGCCGGUGGACGCUACUGCGCCCUCGACCCAUAUCCUCCACAUGCGGCCACCCGUAAGGUGGUGAAACCAGACUGGGUUGUGGCCUUUACAAUCACCGGCCGCCCAUGCCUCUGGCCAGCUCCAUUCGAGAGCCCCGCACACCCGGAGAUGUUAGAGUGGUCAGUUCCUAUGUACCGCGUUCUGGAGAAGCUCCUGGCGGAAGGAAAGGUCCGAACGCACCCAGCACGCGUAAGCAAGGGCUUUGAAGCCAUCCUUGACGGGGUUGGAAUUCUACGCCGCAAGGAAGUGAGUGGCGAGAAACUUGUCUUCACGGUCGGCUAG